CUCGUCUGAGUUGUAAUUGUUGUUUGGCUGAUGAUUAACUACAAAAAUUGGUGUUAUUUAUGUUUUUUUAAAGCGAUAGUUCUGUGCAAUAUAAUUACCAAUUUAGAAAAUAGUUUUUCAUGACUGCAUGUUAAACUCUUCAGUAAAAAAAAAACAGUGAGGGAACAUAAAAGAACAUUUCUACAACAAUGGCUAUAGCUGGCAGUCCACAACCAGAACUACAUCGUAUGCUUCGACGUCUUGACUUUCCACAAUCAGCAAAGGAAGCUCUUGCUUGUCUUGAACAACUUUGCCUCCCACUUGCACAUACACGUCCCCCCACAUCAAAACAGUUGGAUUAUAUUGGGGAAAUAAUUGAUGAAUUUGUUUUUUGUGAAAUAGACCACAAGGGAGCUAAAAGAAAGAGGUUAAAUCCAAUUCAAGAGUUGCAACUGCUUGAGGUGUUACUGGGUUAUUUUGCUGCAGGAGAAGAUAGAGUCAUCCUGAAUACGGUAUUCAUGAUGCUGUUUACUCCUCCUCAUACACCAAGUCCCAGUCCUAGCCCAUCCCCAUCAGGAUUCGCCCGAACAGAUGUGUUCACCCCGGGAACAGCUACUGCCACCCUCAGUGACCGAAUGCGAAUUCUAGCUCGAUUGGUAUCGGCCGCCGUGGCGUCGCGUAAUUUAGCUGUCUUAAACUGCACAGGCGUUUGGAUGCAACAAUUGGGAUGCCUGAGUCAGCACUCGCUUAAUCUUUCAAGAGUCUUCAUUGAAGAUUACUUUGUUCUGAAUACCCCACAGUCUAAUAUCACUUCUACUAGCUGCUUGGAAGAACUCCCACAGUUAGCUCCUCAUUUUACCGCGUGUUUUCUCACGGCCGCCGCAGAACUUUACGGUGGAAUAGAUGGCAACCGGAGUGCAUACAUCUCACCGCCAGCUUAUUUGCUCAACACCAUAGUCAAUUGGGUUUCUUCUAACCCGAGAUUAUGUUUGACACCGCUCACUCUGAAUCUGCAACCUCUGCUUCCUAAAGGAAGCAUAGUAAUGACAUCUGUUACUCCUUUGGCUGGUUUACUAAAAUGGUGCGUUGAAGCUCCUUUAAAUCCAAGUCAAGAAAAGGCAUUCCCUGUUAAAUUUGAGAAAACAAAAGAAAGUAAGCCGGAAUGGGAUGAAAAUUCAAAUUAUAGUCAGCUUCACUCCAGCCUUUUAGAAUCAAUGCAAGAGCGAUCGGUUUUGCAGAGUCAGCAACAACUGCUACAAGCAGAGGUGAUUUCACCUCGUCAUUUGGUGACUCUGGUUAGGGGUUUGCUAGAUUCCUGUGUUAAGAACAAUACAAACAACGAGAAAAUCCAACUAUCUCUCGACCGGCUAGCCCAGUCCGUGCAAGUAGCCCAAUCCUCUGGAUGUCUUUAUGGAAAUACGCAUGAGCUUAUGCAAGCCCUCCGUACUCUUCCAUACAACAGACUUCUUGAUAUUGUCGUGCGGAGAUACAGUUGAUUUGCUGAUGCACAUGCGUGAUACAGAAUUUCUCGUUUUUUUAAACCAA